CAUUAGUUGGAAUACAGAAAGGCAAAAUUCCACUCCCACCAUAAAACAAAAGGCAAAAGAACCACACUCCUCAGGCAACCAAGUCUCUCCGGCCGGACAAGCUUAGGGAGGGAACAAGAUGUUCCUCAACAAGCUCCAUAUUUCCAGCCUCCUCCUCGUCUUGACCAUCCUCUGCCCUCGUACCACCGGGCAAUUACCCAAAGCUGCCUCCUUUAUCUACGCCGGUUGCUCCCCAUCCAAGUAUGAUCCCAACUCCCCCUUCCAGAACAACCUCACCCCCGUCCUCACGUCCAUCGUGUCCGGCGCCUCGCAGGCCUCCUACAGCAGCUACAAGUCCGGUGACGACUCCAGCGGCGCGGCUGCCUACGGCCUCUACCAGUGCCGGAACGACCUGAACGCCGGCGACUGCUCCGCCUGCGUUCAGAGCGCGGUCGGCCAGCUCAACCUGGUCUGCGCCGCCUCCUUCGCGGCCUCGCUGCAGCUGGACGGCUGCUUCGUUCGGUACAGCAACGAGGACUUCCUGGGGAAGCCGGACACGACCAUGGUGUACCGCAAGUGCAGCACGAGCACGAGUAACGACGGGGAGUUCUUUCGGCGGCGGGACGACGUGCUGGCCGACCUCCAGACCGGGGUGAGCUUCCGGGUGAGCAGCUCCGGCACCGUGCAAGGGUACGUGCAGUGCCUGGGCGAUCUGAGCGCCGCCGACUGCUCGGCGUGCCUGGCGCAGGCGGUGGGGCAGCUGAAGAACGCGUGCGGGUCGGCACUCGCGGCGGACGUCUACUUGGCUCAGUGCUUCGCCAGAUACUGGGCUUCCGGCCAUUACUUGCCGUCCUCUGCAGAUAUCUCAGAGGAUGACAUUGGAAGGACUGUGGCAAUUAUUGUGGGCAUACUGGCAGGACUGGCUCUCAUCGUAGUCUUUCUUUCUUUUCUCAGGAAAACAUGUUAGCCACCAUCCGGUUCUCGCAAGUGGCAGCGUGCCAAUAUUCUCGAUGCCGAGUCCUUUUUUAGCACUCAUCUCGGACACGCAAGAAAACAGAGAGGGAGGGAGAGAGAGAGAGAGAGAGAGAGAGAGCUUCUGUUUCCAGUACUAUCAUCAGGCUUGUUAGCUAACACAAACAAACAUGUCCCUGUUUUACUCAUGACCUGUAAAACAUUUUUAUCUUUGCUACCAAAGGAAUAGCGGAACAGGAAUUCUUGA